GAUCACCGGUGCAAAUAUCUAAGUCGAUAGUGCCACUGAAGCAGGUUCCGUUGUGGCGGAAGGAUGCUGCUUGUCAUCGGAACGGAAUUCGAGGUAUUGCAGUAGGCAACUUGUACAUAACCUCACUUGCGAACCGACGGAACCACUCUCCAUGAAGAACAUGGCAAAAUACAACAUGCGCUCACAGUGUGGUACAGGCACUGUCUGUCCAUAAAACUGUCUGCGGCCUAGCUUCGGUUCCCUUUGUGACCAUAUUGCACAUCUAUCCGUAACACGCGCGUCUCUCACACCUCAAAUGGAGACCACGAUGGACAACACUACACCGCGGCCCCCGCCAGUGAGCCAGCAAUUCAUAGCCACCAUUCCUAGCGAGUGCCAAGGCCCUUGGCGCAUCCCAAUCUGUACUCACAAAUCUGGACUCAAAUACAUUCCCCUCAGCACUAUCCGUGAGUUAUUCCCUCACAUGAAGCGAUUGGAGAUUGGGGGCAAAGUCCUUGAGAAGCGCGUUGGGUUUAAAUCGCUUGGAGAUGAUGAGGACAUGGAAGGGGUUCAGGAAGGGGUCCACAAACGCCAAGAUGAGGGCGGAAAUGAAAAGGCUGAAUGGAUCCCCUACUAUCGAAACCAGGUCAUCCAUGUUAUACACGAUCACUCGGUCCUCGAUGGUUUUCCAGAGUCAUACUGGAAUCGAAUUGAUGACCUGAUGGGAGAAAACCUUGGCUAUUUUCCAAAGGCAUAUUGGACUCAAAUGGGCAACCUAGUGAGGGAAGUUGUCCUUGAACAUCACCAGCGAGUAGUCAAGCGCCUGGAUCUGACCGUGGAUGACGCCCAUGAUGAACAUGAUGAUCAUGACGACCAUGAAGAUCAUGACACCCAUAAUGACCAUCCGUCCGAAAGGGGUCGUUCGAGGACUCGUAGCUUCGCCAAGCCCCCCAGCGAUCCAUGGCUUCCUGAGAAUCCAAAAUCCUCUGAUCGACCCGACACGAACGGCAGCUCCCGCAUGAUCAGUCACCCAAGGAACCCCAAUAAUCGACCGAGGUCUCCUGGCGACCACUCAAAGGCGCCUAGUCAUUACGAUGCAGACUAUCAUUCGAGAGAGUCGCCUCGCCAAUCAAUGUCUCCUAGACCCAACGAGUCAUCUGGUCGCUCUUAUUUAAUCGGGCGCUCGAGGAGUCCUCGUAGUCCUGAUCGCUCUGUGGGCGCCGCUCGCCCUGAAACAAACAAUCAUUCAAGAAGACCUCACAGUCGGUCGCGACCCCUUGCGCUCUUGGGCGAUCCGCAGAGGUCUCCUAGUCGUUCAGGAUCCCAGAAUCGCGAUAUGUAUAUGGACGAGCCUCAUCGCUCACAAGAAUAUAAACGCUACAGGGAUCAUUCAUCUAACGACCACCAUAGUGAUCCAUCGUACCCUGUUCAUUAUCCCUCUCAGCCGAACUAUCAGUCGCGAAACAAGCGACAGAGACAUCUCUCUGCUGGACCUCUCCCCAGCUCUGGAUUCGAGUUCUCAAAUGAGCAUUUCAAGGAGUUCCUUCGCACCCAUAACGGCUCCGUCGAGAGUUACCCCUCGUCCUACUCCUACUCUGCCAUCAAGGUCACGCUUACCUUGAGGAGUGCACAAGAGGCGCGAUCGUUUUGCAGAUUUCUCCAGGCCAGGGAUUUUCCCGGUACUUGGAUCGAUCUUACGCUGGCGUGGGUCGCGAAUCAUCACCAGAUGAACGACUACGUGAAAGCCAUCAGGAACGCCCCUGCAAUCGAAAUCGUUCACAUCGCCUGUGCUAGGGGAAUUGCACCCCGAUAUUUCCGAGGGUCAUGCGAUGCUUGGGUGGAGCUACUUGGUAUCCCGACGAUCAAGGAGCUGCAGCUGAUCGAAGCGCCCAAGAUCUUGCGCCUGUCCUCAACUGAUGUCCCUUCUGAUCUUUCGCACUUGCGCCUCUUACGGCUUGGCCUCGAUAUCGAGGACUUUUCUGACCAUUCACGUUCGGAGAAGAUCCAGAACAUCAUUCACCGAGCGACUCAUCUGCAGCGCUUGAUCCUAGACAGCCCUCGGCGGCAGUUCCGCCGACAGCUUGAAAGAAUCUUGGGAGCCCAUCCGUUUCCGGGCCAGAUAGGAUCACCAUCUACCGACAUCCAGUUUAAUAACCGCGGUAAAGCAACUAUUGUCUUGAAGGUCGAGCGCGCCUCGGCUGAAGUCAAGGAGUUGUUGCUCGAGCGCGAUCGUGUACGGCCCCGAGAUUGUCCCGUGUCAUGGUCCUCGCUCUUUCAGGGUGAUCUUCUCAAGUCCUUGACGACCCUUCGGCUCAGGCACACUUCUGACAGUGAGUGGAUACACGAUAUUAUAGACUGGGCCAAGAAAAGUCGACACCUUCAGAAACUCCAUGUGGACUGCAAGAAGAUCAGGAGCGAGAGUUUCGGACACUUUUGCGAGAUGCUAAGACGUUUCGGCCCCACACUGAGAACACUUGAACUCGAGAAUUUUUUCCCCACAGAGACCGAUAUGACCCUGGAGGAUAUGAUCAGUAUAAAGAAAGAAAUGGGGGACAGAGAAGAAGGAGAGUGGACUGGGCUGCGGACGCCUUCCGAAACGGACUGGCACAAGUUCCUGAAGAGCCUGAACUUCAGGAUCCUGAGGAUUUUGGAAAUCAACAAAUCCAACAUGGCUGAUGUGGAUCUGCAGAUGUUCGUGGACUGCAUGGAAAACUCAGUCGGUCAAGGUCAGCGUCCCGCACUAGAGGCCUUGAGAUUGUACGGAACUCAAAUCGGAGGAUCAGGUAUAAGACUGCCGAUCGAAGCAAGGGAGAGGAACGCGUGGCCUGAUUUCAUAACGGAUAUCGCAAACCGGAAAUAAGCACCCUUCUUAUACUGGACACAUAUACCUACUUAUUCAUAUAUAUGAAAUAAACGUGUUUCUUUUUUUUUUAUUUACUGUUCAUC